CUGCACUCUAUAUAAGAUAGAGACCCCUGCCAUCUAACAGAUCCAACCAUUCAAGAAUAAAACACGACGGAUGUCGUCUGGGAGGGAGAGAGAUUGUGUUAGAUCUCUCUCUCUGUGUUACUAUUGUCAAAUCAAUGGCAACAACAACAACAAGAAGAACACCUCAGCAAGGCACGCAGACAAACUUGUUUGGACAGAUCAAUGACUCAUUUCUCAGCAUUACAACACACUCCUACUACAACUUGUCGCAACAAGAGAGUACCCCCUCUUCUGCUUCCUGGCACGCCGUUUUGGCCUUUAUUGUCCCAGUGUUCCUCACCCUUUUGCGAAUCAAGUAUGAUGGGAAGGACAUAUCCGCAUUCGACACGUACCCCAAAUCUUUGGGUGUUUCCAUUGCUAGUUUGCUUCUCUAUUGCUCCGCUUACUAUGCCGAGCUGAAGUCUUCUUCUUAUGAAGAUCACCGCCGCUUGCAAACUCAUGCUCGCCAUGGGGCAGUGGUGUUUGGUUGGCUUGGUUUGGUGUCUCUGACUUCAAUUCUUUUGCCAGACUCAGUUGGGCCUCUUCUCUACUUUCUUUAUAUAUUGUUCUUGGCAGGUGAGUUUCUGUGCCGCCCGCUUCAGAUGCUGUGGAAUUGGCUCCAUCAUAUAGUCAUGGGCAAAGUUCCAGUAAUGCCUCCAAGUUGGCUCACUACUGCUCAUGCCUUUUCUAACUCAAGAGGAAACAAUCUACGGAGAAAUACCUUAUCAGUAUAAUCAGCAAUCAAUCGACCUUUUUUGUUUGGGUCAAAUAAUUGUCUGUAAUAAAGUUAUAUCAGGAAUGUUUUCUUUGUUUUUCUUCUCUUGUUUGUUUGUCCUCGUAAUAUUUCCAUAUUCAUGUGAGUAUAAGAAACAAAAAAGGUUUUGCUGUAUCAA